AUGCCUAGAUUCCAGAGCUUGCAGCAGGACAUUCUGCGUAUGUAUACACUGAGAUGACCGGGAACAUAGUGUCUCGGCUCAUCGAAAUUGCAGUUCCGCGGGAUAUAACGACCUGGCAAUGGCUCUUCGAAGAACCAACCUAUUCUCCUCUUCAUCGAUUUCCCGCUUCACAGCUCGGCGGCUUCACAGACGCAAUCUCGAAAGAGCGCCUCUCAUGGCAGCAAGUCAAAGACAACGCUACCUACCUCUCCACCGCUCUUGUUACGAACUAUGGCUUGAAAGAAGGUCAGACCAUCUCGCUCUUCUCUGCAAACACAAUAUGGUACCCAGUUGCCAUGCACGCGACCCUGCGCGUAGGGGGAAGAGUCAGCGGUGCCAGUCCGGCAUACAACGUUGAGGAGAUGACAUAUGCGCUGCAAAAGGCAGACGCCAAGUUCUUGAUGACGCAUCCGGAUAGUAUGGACGUUGCGAUCAAAGCUGCCCAAAAGGCCGGGGUGAAGAGGGAAAACAUUUUCUUGCUCGAGGGGCGCUUGAACGGAUUCAGGAAUAUUAGAGAGCUCGUUGAGGAGGGAAAAAAAGCGAGUCAGCAAGUGCCGUAUUACAGAAUACCCAAGGGGAAGACGAACUUCGAUGUUUGCGGCUUUCUGUCGUUCUCCAGUGGAACUACGGGUGAGUAAAUCGAUGCGUAGAAGGGACUCAGUCAUGUCAUACACACUUGCUUACCUUUGAACGUUCGCAGGACUGCCCAAAGCUGUAAUGUGAGUUUGUGUCUAAUGACCAGUCUUUUGUUUGUUCUAACGUUGGACAUCACAGGAUCGCCCACCAGAACGUAAUAGCUCAAUGCCUUCAAGUCAUGCAAAUCACCCCCUCGGACCACAAACGCGUGCUCGCUGUAUUACCAUCGUUCCACAUCACCGGCCUUGUCCACGUCCUACACCUUCCGAUCUUGAUCAACGCCGAAGUCUACUUCCUUCCGCAAUUCACCAUGCAAGCAAUGCUGGACACCGUGACCGAAUACAAGAUCCCUGAGCUUCUCCUAGUCCCUCCGAUCCUAAUCCGCAUGGUUCGCGAUCCCAUAGUCGACAAAUACGAUCUCUCGUUCCUUAGACGCUUCUCGAGCGGCGCAGCCCCGCUAAGCGAAGAGAUUCUCCAACUGCUCAAGACGAAAUUCCCUCAGACUGGUUUCAAGCAGGGCUACGGUAUGACCGAGUCCUGUAGCUGCAUUACCGCUCAUCCACCACACUACUACGACUACAAAUACGGCCACCAAGUAGGCACAGUCUGCGCCAGCACCACCGUCAAAAUCCUCAAAGAUGAUGGAACAGAAUGCGGCCUCAACGAGCCGGGCGAAAUCUGCGCCAACGGUCCUCAGAUCGUCAUGGGCUACCUGAACAACGAAAAAGCCACCAAGGAGACUUUCGAUGAAGAAGGAUAUCUCCAUACCGGAGACGUAGGCAGUAUCGAUUCCAACGGAAUCAUCACCAUCUCCGACAGGAUCAAAGAACUUAUAAAAGUAAAAGGAAUUGGCGUAGCGCCAGCUGAGCUGGAAGAUCUCCUGCUCGGACAUCCGAAGAUCGAAGACGUCGCAGUACUUGGGAUCCCGGAUGAUUACUCUGGGGAAGUUCCCAAGGCGUUCAUCCAGCCGAAACCGGAUCAGAAACCCAGCGCGGAGCUGGGAAGAGAGAUUUUGAAGUAUGUGAGGGAGAGUAAGGAGAGGAAUAAGCGCGUGCGAGAGAUUGAAUUCGUGGAAAGCGUGCCGAAGAGUGCGAGUGGGAAGAUUUUGCGGAGGAUUUUGAGGGACCAGCAGAAGAAAGGGGAAGGGAAGGGUGUAGUCGUUAGGGAAGAGAGGGCGAAUUUGUAG